AUGACACCUCAAGGCACAAUAUCCGAGGACGAGCGUUAUCGUACAUCGACACAAUACCGUCUUUGGUCUUUCACGCGCCCCUCUAUUCACUCCCUGCGCACAACCACCAACCAACUCGCAGCCGAAAAUGUGCGAGAAGCGGUUCGCCGGGCAAGAGAAACGCGCGCCGUAGCCUCUGCCGACGUCAGUGAAGCUGAUACCGAGAAUAGCAGACCUGCCAGUGCAGCACCCGAGGGACCGCCCGAUGUGGAGGUGGAUUGCCUCACGGUGGAGGAGGAACUCAAGUUGGUAAUGUUUUAUUGCAGGCAGACGAUCCAGCUGGGCGACCACUUGAAGCUCCCUACCGAAGUAAAGGCAACAGCGAUCCAAUACAUGAAGCGGUUCUACAUAACUAAUUCCCUUAUGACCUACGACCCCGCCUCCAUCCUAAAAACUGCGCUCUUCUUUGCUACAAAAACCGAAAACCACUACUUCCGCCUCACCAAAUUUGCCGAAGCAAUUGGGAAAACGAAGCCAGAAGAUGUGCUCGCGAGUGAAUUCCUCCUCACACAAGGCUUGCGGUUCACGUUUGACGUACGGCAUCCCUUCCGUGCUCUCGAAGGCGCGGUUAUGGAAAUGCAGGGUAUGGCAAACAACACAAUUCCAGUUCACAGUACCUUUGAAGGGAGGAAACCGACAAGCAUGGCCCGGAGAGUGAAAGAAGCUCACGGCAAAGCGAGAGAAUAUCUGAAAACCAGCGCGCUGCUUACCGAUGUUUAUUUCCACUACACCCCAAGCCAAAUCAUGACGGCUUCCUUAUUCAUCGCGGAUGAAGAACUGAUAAAUUGGUAUAUGGCAACAAAAUUGCAAGAAGGCAGUGAAGUCCAUGGCAAGGUCGUCAAAGCAGUAUCCGACUGCGCUUCAAUGUUACAAGCUAUCCCACCAACUGCCGAGCCCUCAGCAGCAGAGAGGAAGGAUAUCGCCGCCCUAGGAAAGAAGCUAAAAAAGUGCCGAAAUCCAGAAAAAAUCGAUCUCGUGGGGUUGCAAAGGGCGAAACGGGAAGGCGAACUGGCAGCGGAUGACAAAAUUAUUAAAAAAAGGAAGUUAGAAAGGGAAAAGUCGACGAAGGAAGGGGAGGAUCUGUUUGGGCCUGGGAUUAAGAAAGACUAA